UUAUAAGCAUUAAUGAACCUUGUAAGGGAUCAGAAUAAAAGGUAAACGAAGAUUGACCUACCUACCUACCCACUUUUCUUGUUGUAGCUCAAUACAAUAAAAACAAAGCAGUGGUAGUAGUGAGACGAUCUUUUCUCUCGUCGACAGACAAACAAAAAUCAUGAAAGUUGUUACCUCAAUCUUCCUCCUCUCUUUUUGCAUCAUCGUUGUCUUCUCACAAUCAACGCCCAUAACCACUGAUCAUCAGCAACCUCAACCCAAUCCAUCUUUUAAGCCCAACCAAACCCAAAUUCAGAAUGCGGGUAGUAGCUCUUGUUCUUACACAGUGACCAUAAAGACAAGCUGCAGUUCCCCCUCAUAUACCAGAGAUCUUAUCAGUCUUUCAUUUGGCGAUGCUUAUGGCUAUCAGGUAAAUGUUCCAAGAUUGGAUGAUCCUAGUUCAAGGACAUUUGAGCGGUGCUCUACGGAUACAUUUGAGAUACACGGACCAUGUACGUAUCCAAUAUGUUAUCUGUAUUUAUACAGAAGCGGAUACGAUGGUUGGAAACCAGAGAGUGUGACCGUAUAUACGUAUAACUACCCGCCUGUUAGUUUUUACUACAAUACUUUUAUCCCUAAUGGUAUUUGGUAUGGUUUUGAUUAUUGUCGUCGUUAUUUACCAUCCACUGCCACUCAUGCUGCUGCACUCUAGUUUGUCAACCUUCUUUCUUAGUCCAUGGAUUAAAUAAUUCAACCCUCUUUCAUAUGUGAGCUUAAUGUAUCUUCUAUAAGUUCUUCAUGUGGGGUUAUAUAUAUAUAUAUACACACACAUAUUUGUGAGUUUCUUUCUCACUCUUAUGUUCUAUUUUGAAUAAUCUGGAGGUGUAUUUUGGAGGCUUUUUAGAAUAUAUAUAAGGGUGAGAAAAGAAGCCAUCCAUGUUUGUAGGUUCUAUGUGUAUUCCACAAUAAAUAUACUAUGCCAUAUUUUGAGAUACUAGUUGAUUUUGUUCAUGUAUUAAAUCUAGCUAAUAUUUAUCAUGUC